AUGCAUCCAUCGGCUCAUGACUGUGAGGUGUCAGGAUCUGGCGGCCCGGUCUCCGAGAGCCAGGCAUACUAUGACGAGCAGCCCCAGGCUGACCGUCCGGCCAAACAUGAGUCUCCUUCAAACCCGUCUCCAAAGCAUGUGGCCUUCGAGCUGCUACUCGACGAGUCCUCGAAGAUGCGAGCUCGCAUUCCAAUGAGAGUCCAGAUCUAUCCCCAUGACACUACCGACUCCAUCGUCACUACGGUCAAAAAUUUCUAUGGGAUCUACGAAGGCACCGCCAGCGGCGUUAGCUUUGAGGACCAGGAUGGCAACACACUCAUUGCCAGGUAUGAGAACCUCAAGAACAGCAUGACCGUCUAUGUCCGAGUGAUACCGAACCACCAUUACCCCGAACAGCACUCACCGCCAUCAUACUAUGCCGUCUCCCCGAUGGACAACUACUCCCGGCCUACCCUUGGCGAACCAUUCUCUAUGCCACCUCCCCAGGGCAACCAGGCUAUCAACUAUGGCCAAUCCGUCUCCCGUCCUACUUCGCGCGCUGCUGCUGGAAAGCGAAGUGUCUCUCCUCCCGCCCGAGGUCGCCGAAGCGCCUCGAGGCAGAAGUCAUCCCGAGCGGGUGUCAAGAGCCGUGGCUCAAGCACCCAUGGAAGCUUCCAUGAUGACGCCCAUAUGCCUUGCAGCGACAGUGAUGGAGGCCACAGCUCAGUAAACGGCUCAAGAAGGCCCAAGAGUGAGCACUUUGGUAGUGCUGAUAUCAGCAUGGAAAACAUCCUCCAGGAUGGCAGAAGGAAGCGUCCGAAGUUCGAGAGCUCGGAACUCCCCUUGUUUGCUCCUCCCCAAGUGCCUCGCACAACUUCGGCAUCCUCCAUUUCUCCCCAGCGACGCUCCCUUGCACCCGAUGCCUCGCCAUUCGCAAGACCCAGCCAGAACGCUUUCAGCGGCUACCAGGCGCUUGCCUCCCCCCAGGGCUUUGGCAACCACGAGAAACUACAUUCUCUUCAGAAUGGGAGUGGGAAUAACCCGUAUGCGACUCCAACUGUCCCACAUCAUGGCCACAGGCUACGGAAUCGAGCCAACUCCAACUCGGCAGUUCACUACGCUACUCCAGUGAAUGGCCAUGGCAUCUUGCCUACCCCUGAUCCAACCAUUGCUAGUUGCAUCUCGGAUGAAGACGUUGCCAUGCAGCUCAUCAGGCUUGGAGACACCUCCAACUUCUCCCACGGCCGUAACUCCACCUCCACGGUUGACGAUGCAUUCAGCGGUAUUGCCGAUGCCGCCUCUUCUACCGGCGCAACCACAGACAUAUCUGAUGUCAGUGGUGACGAGACCGACCUACCAACCAAGAUUAGAGAGCGUCGUGCAUCAAGUGACUCCCUGCCAGGCUUGCCCAAGAAGAACAAGACGUUGGACGAGAUCCUCCCCAGCUGUGAAAGCAGCGACCCAGCUAGUGAUGAUAUCGAUGGUGAAUACCAAAAUCUAGCCUCUCAAGAUAACAUCAAGAGCGAAUAUGACGAUGACCCAUCGUAUGAGGCACAGUCUUCUCGAACCAAACGUGCAAGGAAAUCAGCCAGCACAGCAACUACUGCUGCAACCUCAGCCAAGGGCACCGGCGCCAAACAGACCUCCACUGCGAAAGGAGGACGCAAUGCGAAGAACCGCUCUGCCCCUGCUUCUCGCAAGGGUAAACAGGCCCCAGCUAGCUCUGCCAAACCGGUGCCACCCCCAUUACUCCCAGCCACCGCUCAGCAGGGAGGUGUCAACUUCCACAACCAGCUAGCUGCUGAUGAGGAAGAUCUCUCCACGAAGCCACGCUGCCAGCGAUGCCGAAAGAGCAAGAAGGGCUGUGACCGUCAGCGCCCCUGUCAGAGAUGCAAGGAUGCCGGCAUCGGUAUCGAGGGAUGUAUUAGCGAGGACGAGAAUAACGGUCGCAAGGGCCGAUAUGGUCGCCACAUGGGCGUUUCUGUCAAGAAGGACCCUUCUGCUAUUGCUGCAAAGGCUCAAGAAGCACAGGAUACCGCCGCCCAAACUCCUGCUUCAUCCACCACGACAGCGGUCCCGGACAAGAACAAGAAGCGCAAGCGCUGA